CUCUCUUAAAUUAAACAUAAAACAAAAGAAUUCCAGCUCCGUAUCUCUCUCAAAUGUUAUGAUGUUUAGAGAAGCAAAACUUGUGGUGUUAGCGCUCUUCCACACUUUCUUGCUUGCAAUUUGUGCUGCUAAUGGAAACCAGACAUGCCGGCCCUCUUCUUGUGGAGAGAUUCAAAACAUCAGCAAGCCUUUCCGAUUGAAAGGUGAUCCGUCCUGGUGUGGUGAUCCUCACUAUGAAUUGGUCUGCGAAAACAAUCGUACUAUGGUAAACGUGGACCUUGGGAAAUACUAUGUUGCUGAUAUCAACUACGAUAACUAUACCUUUCGGGUAGUGGAUCCUGGGGUGAAAAAGGGCAACUGUUUCUCAACUCCUCUCUAUUCCUUGUCAUAUUACAGCUUUGAGUCAUAUGAUAUACUGGGAGUGAGCAAUACAACGGUUUUGAUGAACUGCGAGCAGCCAAUAAGUGAUAGCAACUAUAUUCCUAUCACUCCUUGCAACAGUAGCAAUGUGACUUCAUCUUCCUCACAAGCACAUGUUUAUGCACUAGUCGGAGGAGAACUGCGGGUGAAUGAUAUUAAGUAUUCAUGCACCAUCCUCAGGACUACUAUCACUCAAUUCUUGAAGCCUGGCAAUCUUUCAAUGUCAGAUUUGCAAGAAGUGCUGCUUCUGGGGCUUGAUUUUUCGUUCUUGCGCUUGCGUUGCGAAAACGAAUGCGAUGUGAAAGGGCUAGACUGCGAUGCAGAUUUCACCAAGAAUACUGUAAAAUGCGGCGACUCCUGGAAUUGGUUCUCUGCAUGUUUGCAAUAUUUAAGGGAUUGGAGGGCCUUGUCAAUCAAAGGGUACUCUUUUGGGUAUUGGUUCUCUGACUAUUUGGAAUCUUUAGCGGAUCCGAGGACCUUUUCAAUCAAAGGCUUGAGAGAAUAUGAUGAUCAGUAUUAUCAUGAAUCUGCACUUUACGCUGGUUGGUUAAUGAGAUGCAUAGCCAUGAUCAUCAUCAUCGGGAGGACUGCACUUGGCAUAUUGUGUCUGCUUGUCUAUUUAAUCUACAAGUUUCGACGAAGACACUUAUCAUUGGAUGAUGGCAUUGAAGAAUUUUUACAUAGCCAUAAAAAUCUUCAGCCGAUCAAAUACUCAUAUUCAGAGCUAAAAAAGAUGACUCAUAAUUUUAAGAAUAAAUUAGGUCAAGGAGGUUUUGGCUCUGUGUACAAAGGAAAACUCCGAAGUGGACGCAUUGUGGCUGUAAAAAUGUUAGUUAUGUCAAAAGCUAAUGGGCAAGAUUUCAUCAAUGAAGUUGCUACAAUCGGAAGGAUUCAUCAUGUUAAUGUGGUGAGACUUGUUGGAUUUUGUAUACAGGGAUCAAAAUGGGCUCUUGUAUAUGACUUCAUGCCCAAUGGAUCUCUUGAUAAGUUUGUUUUUCUUGACCAAGGAAACAACAUUCCUUUGAGUUGGGAAAGAUUAUACAAGAUUGCACUUGGAGUGGCAUGUGGGAUUGAAUACUUACAUCAAGGAUGUGACAUGCAAAUUCUCCAUUUUGAUAUCAAGCCACACAACAUUCUUCUUGAUGAAGACUUCACACCAAAAGUUUCAGAUUUUGGUCUUGCAAAAUUAUAUUCAAUAGAUGACAGUAUUGUAUCCAUCACUGCUGCUAGAGGAACCUUGGGCUACAUUGCUCCCGAAUUGUUCUACAAAAACCUUGGAGGUGUAUCAUUUAAGGCAGAUGUUUAUAGUUUUGGAAUGUUGUUAUUGGAAAUGGUAGGGAAAAGAAAGAAUGUGAAUGCAUUUGCAGAACAUUCUAGUCAAAUAUAUUUCCCAUCAUGGAUUUAUAAUAGAUAUGAUCAAGGAGAGGACAUGGAAAUGGGAGAUGCCACUGAGGAUGAAAAAAAGUAUGUAAGGAAAAUGGUGAUAGUUGCGCUAUGGUGUAUACAAAUGAAGCCCGUGGAUCGUCCUUCAAUGAGCAAAACAUUGGAGAUGCUUGAAGGAGAGGUUGAACUCUUGAAAAUGCCUCCUAAGCCAACUCUAUGGUCUAUCGAGAAUCAUGAGCAAUCCAUGGUAGAGGUACCAAUUUCAUCAUCCAACUCCAUGGGUACAAUCAGCUUAAAUGGAAGGUAGUCCUACUCCAUCCAGUUGCUUAUUUUGUAAUCCAAUAAUAAAGUGUGAUUGUGUUUUAUGUGUAAGAAUUCUAUGAGAUCAGUGUAUGUAAUAAAAUAAAGUUUCUUCUUCAAACAGUAGUUUGGUUUCUUGUAAGUAAGGUUAUGUACAAGUA